CGUUGCUGGCCAUCAGAAUGCCUGACUGGAAAUAUCCUUGAAGUAGCGCAACACGUUCGCCAGAUGGCGCACUGUCCCAGAGGAGAGCGCCUAUGCGAGGGGCACGCGCUCACCAGGAUUCGUCCUUGUAGUAUCCCUUGAAUGAAAAACCUCGUACCGGCGUGUUGACCUGCCCACGCUGCGGUCCGCUGGGUUUGACCUGCUCGUCUUGCUAGACUGUGGGUGCGCGUCUGAGACGCGCCUGAGACGCGCGCCUCUGGUGGGCUGUGCGCUGUCACGAGCUGAAGGUGUCAUGAAUCGAAGAAAACUCACUUGCGGAGGGGAAGAGGACUAUUUAUAAGAGCGCGUAUGGAGACAUAGGCGAAACUGGAUUAUUAUCUCACUCGACUGAAAGAUGGCCAGAAACACAUCUCUUUAUUUCCGCAUAGUCGAGGGCAGAAACCUCCCGGCCAAAGACGUAUCUGGAACCAGUGAUCCUUACUGCAUUGUAAAAGUUGACAAUGAAGUUGUGGCCAGGACUGCCACCGUGUGGAAGAACCUCAAUCCUUUCUGGGGUGAAGAGUACACGUUGCACCUGCCGAUGGGGUUCCACUCGCUCUCGUUUCAUGUCAUGGACGAGGACACGAUCGGGCACGAUGAUGUUAUUGGAAAGAUUACGUUGAGCAAAGAGGUCAUUGGAGCUCAAGCUAAAGGGCUUGAUAGCUGGAUGAACCUGACGAGAGUGGACCCCGAUGAAGAGGUCCAAGGAGAGAUCCACCUGAGUCUGGAGCUGCUGAAAGACACGGAGAGGAUCAGCCUGCGUUGUCAAGUCAUUGAAGCCAGAGACUUGGCUCCGAGAGACAUUUGUGGAACCUCUGAUCCCUUCGCAAGAGUUAUUUUUAACAACCACAGCGCAGAGACCUCGAUCAUCAAAAAGACACGUUUCCCUCACUGGGCGGAGACUUUAGAGCUGGAGCUGGACCCAGAAGAGCUGAGUACAGAGGGGACUGUUACUGUGGAGGUCUGGGACUGGGACAUGGUGGGCAAAAAUGACUUUUUGGGAAAGGUGGAAAUCCCUUUCGCUUGUUUGCACAAGACACCUCUGUUAGAGGGCUGGUUUCGUUUGCUACCCCUGGGAAACCAUGAGGUUGAUGCUGGUGGGAAACUGGGAGCGCUGCGUCUGAAGGUGCGCUUGGUGGAGGACCGGAUCUUACCGUCCAUGUACUAUCAGCCACUAAUUGACCUUCUGGUCGAGUCGGUAAUCUCCCCUACGGAGGUGGAGGACAGCAGUGCUUUGACCAUGCUGGAGGACGUGACCACGGUUGAGAGCAGGCAGGAUGUGGCGAUGACUCUGGUGAAGAUCUACCUGGGACAAGGCUUGGUGGUGCCCUUCCUGGAUUACCUGAACACCCGGGAGGUCCACCACACCACUGAUCCAAACACUUUGUUUCGCUCCAACUCUCUUGCCUCCAAGGCCAUGGAACAGUUCAUGAAGGCUGUUGGGAUGCUCUAUCUGCACGAGGUGUUGAAGCCCAUCAUUAACCGCAUCUUUGACGAGAAGAAGUACAUUGAGCUCGACCCAUGUAAGAUCGACCUGAACCGCACCAGGCGGAUUUCAUUUAAGGGUGCGGUGUCAGAGGCGGAGGUGCGGGACAGCAGCGUGGAAAUGCUGCACAGCUACUUAACCAGCAUCAUCGACUCGAUCGUGGGCUCGGUCGAUCAGUGUCCCCCCGUCAUGAGAGUGGCCUUCAAGCAACUGCACAAGCGAGUCGAGGAGCAAUUCACUCAACGUGAGAAUGAGGAUGUGAAGUACUUGGCCAUCAGUGGGUUCUUCUUCCUGAGAUUUUUCGCUCCUGCAAUCCUCACACCGAAACUGUUCCAGCUGCGAGACCAGCACGCAGACACCCGCACAAGCAGGACGCUGUUACUACUGGCCAAGUCUCUGCAAAGUGUUGGCAACCUGGGCCUGCAGCUGGGUCACGGAAAGGAGCAGUGGAUGGCGCCGCUGCAUCCCAUCAUCCUCCGCAGUGUGGCCUCUGUCAAAGACUUCCUGGACAAGCUCAUCGACAUCGAUCAUGACGUCGUGUCAGAAGUGCCUCAGAGGGCAAUAUUCCUGCCUUCAGUCACAGUCAAAGAGGGUUACCUCCACAAGCACAAGGCGGAAGGGCCCCAGCUGCUGUCCCGCUUUGCAUUUAAGAAACGCUACUUCUGGUUGACUAGUGAGACGCUGUCCUACGCCAAGACUCCUGACUGGCAGGUGCGCUCUUCAAUCCCUAUUCAGUGUGUGUGUGCCGUGGAGAGGGUGGAUGAAAAUGCCUUUCAGCAGCAGAAUGUAAUGCAGGUCAUCACCCAGGACAACGACGGACAGCUGCACACCAUGUACAUCCAGUGCAAGAAUGUGAACGAGCUCAAUCAGUGGCUGUCUGCGAUCAGGAAAGUCAGCAUCUACAAUGAGCGCAUGCUGCCCUCUUUCCACCCGGGGGCUCAUCGCAGUGGCAAGUGGACCUGCUGCCUGCAGGCGGACCGUGCUGUUACAGGCUGCAGUCGGACCCACUCUGCUGUGACUCUGGGUGACUGGAGCGACCCCCUGGAUCCCGACGUCGAGACUCAGACCAUUUACAAGCAGCUUCUCCAGGGCAGAGACAAACUCAGGAAAAAAUACGUGGAGAUGCCGGAGGCUGAUCAGAUACUGAGCAAUAACGAAAAUACAAUCAACUCUGACGUUCACCCAGAUGGCGCCGGAUGCAACGUGCAUCUGCUGAAGUCGGGUCAGAGUCUGGCUGCCCGGCUGUUAUCGGUGAUCGACGAUCUGGAGCAGGCGCACGCCACCUUCCAGCGCAGAGAAAAAGAGGAUGCCACCGGUGUCAUCCUGAAUCCCUAGACUGCAAUGAGAUACAUUAACGACUGGGGAGAGG